UUCAGCGCCACAAACAUUUGAAUAAUAGAAAUAUCUUAUCAUCAUUUCUUCUGAUUUGCUUCCAAGUUCCAAUCCAUGGAGUCCAUGACGGUGAUUAAAUCAACCUUCCCAAUUUUCAUGACCAAUAACGCCCCAUUUUCCCUCUCCACAAGACCUCUUAGACCCAUCCUGAAGGUUUCCGUGAAACCCCCACCUCCAGAUUUCGAUUACAGGCGAGAGAUAUCGGAGGAGUCAAGAGCCGCCAUAGCCGAAUCUCACCCGGAGUUGCUUGACCUGGCUGACAAUGGGAGCUUGGUUUUGGUUCAGAAGAAGAGGUUCGGUCCUGUCCCUUCUUGGAGGACCGAAUUCGUCGAACCUGAAUCCAUUUGGUUGAUUGGAACCACCCAUGUUUCUGAGGUUUCCGCUGUGGAGGUGGAACGCGUGGUGCGUGCUCUGAGGCCAGAUAAUGUCGUUGUUGAGCUCUGCAGAAGCAGAGCUGGGAUCAUGUAUGCUACUGCCAAUGAUGAGCUUGGCAAACAACUGCGUUCUAAUAUGUUUUCCUUGAGUGGCACUGGCUUUUUUGGAGCUGUUGGUCGUAGCAUAAACCUAGGUGGUCAAACUGCUUUAGCAUUACGAUUACUUUUGGCUACUUUUUCAUCGAAGAUCUCUUCAGAUAUUAAUCGCCCUUUUGGUGAUGAGUUUCGUGCUGCUCGGAAAGCUUCUGAGGAAAUUGGUGCACAAAUAGUUUUAGGAGAUCGGCCAAUUGAAAUAACGCUUCAAAGAGCAUGGAAGGCUAUGAAAUGGACUCAGAAACUAAGUUUAGUGUUAUCAAUUAUUCGGGGGAUAGCAUCUUCAUCUAACAGUUCUAUAAAUAAGCUCAAGUUGCAGGAAGCAAGUUCAGAUGAUGGUACAUUUCAACUUUAUGAGCAAUUGAGUUUUUCAUAUCCUUCUUUAUUGCCACCUCUCAUACAUGAACGAGAUACUUAUCUUGCAUGGUCAUUGAAGCGGAGCAAAGCUGUGAAUAACAGUAAAAAUGUUGUGGGUGUCAUUGGAAAAGGCCAUAUGAACGGUGUAAUAUAUGCAUUGUUAUCCGACACGGGAAAUUUGAGGUUUCGAGACCUUGUAGGGAAAAAUUCAUAUGAUGGAGGAGGUUCAAAUGGUUGGAUUGAUGAUCUAAUCAAGAGUUUAGUAAGGGACACAAUCAUUGGCAUCCUUUUAUGGGCCUUAUAUGAAUUCAUAAAUGGAGGAACAUGAAGCAAGCCCAUUUAGUUUUUCAGUUUUUAUUAGAAUUUCCAAGAUUCAAAAAAGAAAAGAAAAGAAAAAGCAAUAGAUAUAAACUAAGAGAUCUUAGUUGUGCAUCAUACCUCGCAUACUGUAGGCGUGGUCAUUCAUUUUUAUAAACAAAAAUAUAGGAAAAAAAUCGAAAAAAAAAGGAAAGAAAGGGAUUGUGUUAGAUUAGUUGAUGUUUUGCAAACAAAUAUUAUGUACAAGUAAAACUUUCCAUUGACUUAAUAUAAAGUACGAAAAUAUUAUGAUUUAUAUUAUUUA